CAAUUAUAAGGUAAUUUUGUGUACGAGCAUUGAUUCCAACUCCAACUAAGAUUGACAGAGCGUCGAUCGUGGGCGACGCCAUUGGCUACAUCAAGGAGCUGAAGACGACUGUGGCUGAGCUGAAGGUUCUGGUGGAGAGAAAGAGACGUGCGAGAGAGGAUGGAUGAGAAGGGUGGUGGAUCAUCGUGGCUGCACAGGAAAUCGAAGAACACCGAGGUGGAUGUGCGGAUCGUGGACGAUGAGAUCACGGUGAAGCUGGUGCAGCAGAGGAGGAUCAACUGCCUGCUGUCUGCAUCCAAGGUGCUUGAUGAAAUGCAGCUUGACCUGAAUCAUGUUGCUGGUGAUUACUACACUUACCAUUUUAACUCCAAGAUUUGUGAGGGCUCAAUUGUGUAUGCAAGUGCAGUUGCAGGGGAAAUCAGUUUAAUUAUGCUUUAUAACCAAUGCCACCUCCCCAAAUCCCGCUGGGAUCGGUUGGGACAAUUGGUACAAAACUAAACCUAAUAUUCCAAAUCAAAGGACUACUUUAUUUACUUGUUUUA